CUUUCCUAAAAUUCGCGUCAGAAAUAUUUAGAGACUGCAGUUUCCUUUGAAUGUUGAAAUAUUAGGUUAUAUCUGUGACUCUGUCACAUUUUUGAUUUGCCCAUUUUAAUUGCGAUUUUUGUUCGGUUCUUAAGCAAGUCGCCAUAUUUAUUUAACACCCCAGGAUGCUCCCACAGUGGGUCCUGCGUGUUAUCUUCAUCAGCGGCUCCGUCGUGCUGCUGCACUCCGCCAUCUCCGCCGCCCAGCAUCGCUCCUUCCAGCGCAUCAACCGUCAGGUCCGCGAAGCGGGCAGUGUGGACUCCAGCAGCGAGGAGCCCAAGCUCCCCCUGGACAUUGUCCUGGAGACAUUAAUCAGUAUGUGCAUCGUCCUCUGGGCCUUCGUGCACAUGACGUUCAAGCUGAAGAACAUCCGUCCCGAAGCGGAAUACGAGGCCAAAUCGCAGGAAGCCCUGGAUUUCCGGCCGUCCUUUAUGGUGUUUGGGCAGCGGGAAUCCCUGUAUAAACUCCGUCUGAUGGAUCAGAGUAGCGCGGUGGAUAGUGGACUGCGGCAGCGUCCUCCCUCCACCCCGGUGCCGUCCGUGGAAGAAGUCAGUGUCGCGGAUGUGGAAGACGAUAUGCCACCGCUGGAAGAAAUGUAGUGCAGUGGCACAGUGAGUGGACCGGAUUUUUUGUUUGUUGAUUUUUAUUUCGUCUCUUUCGCUUGUGUUUCCGAGAUACGCCGACAAUCUAUGAUAAUUUCUUAAUUAUUUCUUAUUUCUCUUUUUCCGUAUUGAGCUAGUAGGAAGUUACUAGGAAGUUAGGAACCGAAUCGUUUGUUCAGUUUUCGCUAGAUCAUACCAAAAUGAAACAAGAAUUUUGUUUUCGUUUUGCUUUUCAGUGAUUUGACGGUGUUGUUAUUGUAAGUACUUAGUAUCUGUGCGUUAUCUGCCUUUUUUACAUGAGUAUUCUUAAGAUUAAUUAAGUUAAUAGCGCUUGUUUG